AUUAAAUCGCAGAAUGAGCAGCUGGUUCACGUCUUACUAAAGAUGUUAUUACACUCGGUCACAUUAAAUGUUCGACGGAUAGUUCAGCCAGUUUACACUUACAUUUGAAUUUUGAUUGUUUAUACUCGUCGAUUUGAGCUAAUUGGCGCGAUCUCUGGGGUGUACUGAUGAGUUCGAUGAUGGACGAAUCCCAGGUUCCUAUGACCGAGUAUGAGCAGAUUAAGUUCAAGAUGAAUCAAACGACUGACGAGGAGUCUCUUUGUUCAUUUCUUUAGUAUUGGAUUCUGUGGUCGUAGGCUGUCUUUCCAAUGUUCGCUAACAAGCUCCACAUUUUCCUUGGAAUGUCUAGUAAAUAAAUGUAGGGCUACUUUUUAGGGUGAUGCUUUGCACUUGCUGACCACAACAUAAAUUUUGUGGUUAUUCGAUCGUGUACUUCGAAUAUGGUGAGAGCUCCGUAGAUUAGUUUUAGAAAAAAGCCAAAAAACGACUUCUUAAAGAUACAAGUUGCUUGUAUGAGCUCGUGUCCUGCACCAGUCUUCAAUAGUUUUAGCCUUUGCUUAUAAUUGUCUGAUAUGUGCAGUCAAAAUGUGGGACGGACUGGAUGCUCAAUCAAGGUAUUAUAUUUGAGGUGAUACAUAAGUGAGAUGUAACCUAUAUCUAAUCAGUCUUUGUUUUCCAUGAACUUGUGUGUUUUAUAGAAAACAAGGCUCCUGGUUCUUCGUUUAAGUUAGAUGGGUCAGAUCAUCAUAAUGUUCACUCUAAAUAUCUAGUUUACGUGCAUGCUGUAAUGACAUAUUCCCGGAAAUUCAUCUCCAGCUUUAGGGUAAUAGACUGCCCACUUACUGUUUAGGCUCUCAGGUAGUGUAAAGUCAUAAUUACUUCGAAUUUGUGUGGUCUAGUUACCAGCUCGGGCUUUUAACUAAGCCAACAUGUCGAAAUUCUAAUCCUGACGGACCAUUGUUAAUCCCCUUCUUUGCAUUUAAUCUUGGUAAUUGUUGUGAUGACUUAUUGUGACAUUCAAAAUGAAUGCACAUGCUCCAGAUGUAUUGCUCACGAUUUGACAAUGUACCGUAAACACAAGGACGUAAAUACGCCUUUGUUGUUCUACUUCAAAUAAGUUUAUAGUGUAGUUCGUGAAACAAAUAUUAAGAUAGAACUUUGUCGCAAACAUUUGUGCCCCUCUGUGGUUUUUAAUAUUAUAUUGCUUUGGAGUUUAACAUGAAGUGCAGAACGCCAUCUCAGCCAUCAAUUCUGAAUCCUAUAGAAGCGUCUUACUAGUUGAAGACAGACUAGAGAGAUGAUACAUUCUAAACGCUACGUAGCAAACUAGUAAGUCUUCACUAACGCGAGAUGCACUACCAAAUAUGGAGGGUUGUUCAAUUGGUGAUUUAGGAAUGUAGUGCAAGACUACUUUCUCUGGGGUAUAGUUAUUGUCGGAUUGAGUCGUUAUGCCAGCCACUAUGACCGGAUUUACGUUGAACCCCUGAACCACAGUUUUCGUGACAGAUAUAGUCAGUUCUCUAGAUGUUAUCGGUCAUGAGCCAUCUAGUAUCGUCAGUUAGGAGGAGUGUUUCCAUGUGGUUGUAGCAGGCUGAUGUCGUGACGACUUUAAAGGUAAUCCAUAUUAAUUUACAACAAUCCGGUCUCCUAUAAAUAGUUGGUCUCGUCGAUUACACUGCUAUCAGCAUAUGGACAACUCUAAAUACACGAAAAUACUGACUGGACAGAAUGAGUACUAUUGGUAUUCCGAGACUUUUAGUACUUGCGUCAGACAGAAUUAAGUUCAUUUCUUCCCACUGGUUUUUGUUGUCAAAUGUAUCAAUAUCUUGCGCAACACGUUUUUUAAGUUUAAGCAGAGGUUUUGUAAUCUUUCCAGCUAUUGUUUCCAAACUAAAACCGUCCCCAAAAUCAUGGCUACUUGCUGCGCACAUUGAUUCUACCAGCCGUUAAAUAGUUUCAUCAUUUUAUUUGAUUACGAAUAACAACUUCAAUGUAACUGCCCAUCGUUUGGCCUGUUAUUGGUGUCAAGCACUAUGAGUAUCACAAUACAUCAUAUCCAUCUUUAGAUUGCUUUGCUUUUCGCCAUUUGGGUUCUGAAUGUUUUCUUACGAGUUAUGUGGUUUCUGCUUUCUUGUGGCCUACUAACUCAUUUCGAUCCAGAUAUAAACAUUAUUUCUUCAUGUUAGUUCCUAAACAAGGUUUUUGAUACUACGGAGGUACUGACUACUUCUACAAAAUUGUCACCGGCAUUUUUGUUACUAAAGGUUUUAUGCUUUUGAAGAGUUAUUUAGUUUGUGCCGGCGUUUGUAGCCUGACUUUCAUUUGAAAUUUAGUGUCCUUUAAAUAUCAUACUGUUGCUUUUGGUAGUAGUAUAGAUUUUCAAACUGAAAAUGUGGUUGUCUGUCUUCCUAUAUGUCUGUUAUUCGUAGAUCGUUUACCCAUCCAAUCAUAACCAAGUUUGCUUGUGGCCAAACACAUUUAAAAUGUUAUGACUAGUCUCCCAUAGUUUAGUUUCUUAAUAUUUAAUGAAAAUAAUGGUUGAUUUGGGAAUAAUUGUGCCCUGUCCUUAAUGGAUAGUGGAAUUUCUCGACACUUUAUAUUUCUGCAUUGCAAUUAACGCCUAAUAUUUCCACCACAAAUUAUGUAACUAUUCAUAUUAAACUAGCGUUUUUCCUUAUUCAACUUGGGUGUACUAACUGUGAAAUGCCGCAAAAAUCUCGCCAUCCUGUUUGUGGAUAUGAUGAGGUGCAGUUAGACGAUGGAACUAUCAGACCCAUGACAGAAGUAGAACUUCUUCAAAGGAAGAUUGACGAAACAACCUCGGAUUCACUGGAAGCCUCUCGACGGAUGAUGGCUUUAUGUGAGGAGGCCAAAGAGGCAGGGAUUUCUACACUGGUCAUGUUAGAUGAUCAAGGCGAACAAUUGGAUCGCAUAAAUGAGGGUAUGGAUCAGAUUAAUCAAGACAUGAAGGAUGCUGAGAAGAAUCUGGAUGAUCUAAACAAAUGCUGCGGACUUUGCGUGUUGCCUUGGAAUAAAGUUAAAAAGAAAGAUGAUUAUACCAAACAACUAAAGGAUGAGGAUAUGCGGGGUGGGGACGGACCUCGAAUAAUUGUGGAUCAAAACGGCAUGGGUCCAACUGGUGGUUAUAUUACACGAAUUACAAAUGAUGCACGAGAAGAUGAAAUGGACCAAAAUUUGCAGGAGGUUUCUGGUAUGAUCGGAAAUCUUCGUAACAUGGCUAUUGACAUGGGUAGUGAAAUUAAUCAGCAAAAUGUUCAGGUUGAGCGAAUACAGAUCAAGGUACGUAGUCUUCUUGUUAUUUUCUCAUCCAAAAGAUUUCUUCAACUAUUUUAUGGGUCUGUGUAAGAGAUUGGUUGCCCUUUUGAAGUUGCUUCUGUGAUCCAUAACGUCAAGAUUCAAGUUGUCGUAGAGAUGUAGCACCCGACUUCUAAAGACUAAACUAUGAAUUCUUAGCCUUACAGUACUUAUUUACAACUCAAGUGCUUAGUAGAAUGUCUUUAAGGAAGUGUGCCACGCAAAACAAAAAUGACAGUGUAAUGAGGGAAUAGGUGAUAACGAAAACGUAGACGAUAAAGGAUACAGUUGAAGUAAGAACAAAACUAAAUCUUACUCAUUUGUUGUUUAUGAAUAUUCUAGAUAGUUAGAGAGUAUUUAUUAAGUGUUACUCAUUUUUUGAAAUAAAUUAAAUACUAUUAUCUUGCAUUCUGGAUGUCUCAAAUCAAUAGGUUAGGUUACCUCCAGUCUCUUUAGUCAUAAAUUGUUCAAUACUAAUCUAACGUUACUAUCAUUCACUCCGCAUCACCAUAAGAUAAAGGGUUCACUUGCUUAUUUUACCUGAGCUCAUGAAUCAAAGUGUCAUACAGGAGUUUGUGACUAAAAGCGCAAAAACAUGAAGUCGCUAAAGCUAUCGUUCCAAAAUAUUUAUUUUUAGUAGAUUUUAAUUUCUCAGGUGUAUCGUGCUGAUAUUAUUCACACUAUUUUCACUGUAAUUAAAGAGUCUUUCAGAGACAAUGACAAAAUUCCUAAUUCAGAGUGGCUAGGUUUUGCAAUCAUACGAAAACUUCGACCUGACACGUUAUACACGUAGUAGAUUCUUACAAGAUUAACUUUGCAAUGGGACCAAGGAUGGUAGUGGGGCAUAAAUCACUUUCGGUAUCAGUGUGUCUAGAUCGAUAUUUUUUGCCACUUGACUAUCGGGUCAUAACUAUUUAGACGAACAUCCAUCUUGACUAUCACCAGCAGUCUAUCACAAAAGGUUGAAACCUACUUGUAAAAGUAGUUCUAAUAGUGUGAUUCGGAUAGAAUGUUUGUGGUUGUAAAAAUACCUUUUCUUCAGCAGCCAACCUCAGUUGGCACACUUUUUUCAGCUGUUCCCAAAAUACCAGCAGUUGUAAGCGUGGAAAAUUGCAGCUGUAAAGGUUUGUGGAGCUAGACAUUGUCAUCCACUUUGGGAUAGUGCGUAAGUUGUGUCGUGUUUAUCGAAUACGAUUUUUCACGUGGUUGAUCUUCCCUCUACUAUUAGUUUAUGCUAAAUGUAAUUGAAGACAGUAUUUCAAAGCUAAGUGCUUUAUCGAAUCAGUGACUAUUAUUGCACACCAUCUGGACUUAUUUGCAUUCUAAAAGCAUAUGAACUUUUCACUCACUAAGCUGUAAAGUGUUUUCUAAUCUUUGUGUUAAUAAAUGUAGUAUUCACAACUAACCUUUAAAGGUGAAUAAUUUAUUUCCAUUAGUUUACUCUUAUUUUUCUCAUGUCCCAUAAAAUUGAUACAUUCCGAAAUCUUGUCUCACUUUCUGCAAAUUUGUCAAAUAAAUCAUUGCUACCCAUAAAAACGUCAUUUCUAUUUUUUAAAUAAAGGGUUUAUGUGACUGUCCAUCUGUCGUUACAACAUGGCGUGCAUUAUUCCCUAACCACAACUGCUAGUUUCAUACUUUUUUCGAGUAAUCUCAGGACCGGAUACUUGGUCCACUCAUUUUGUCCACUGAUAUUAAGUUUGUUUUUUAUUUGUCUAAAAUUUACUGUGAUGCGUUUUAUUUUAGGCUAAGUCAAAUGCUGAACGAAUUAAAAAGGCUAAUGAACAAGCCAGUAAAUUGUUAAAAUAAGUUACAUGGAUUCGUUGAGUUUUCAUCAGAAUAUUGACUGCUGGAGAAAUCCUUCAAUUCUUGGUAAAUUACUUCGAACACAGACUUUUCACAGCCACUUCCGUGUGCAUACGUGAAGCUUUUUGUGAUAGUGCUUCACCAAGUCCUUUAUAUUAAUCUAUUUUGUUUAUAUAUUUAUCACAAAUCAAUUCAAGGGAAGUUUGUGAAGUGUGGAGCUGAAAUUUUUUGUUAUUGCUGUUGGCUCUUAUGGACAUUAAAUUUCUGUCAUUCUCAUAUACUUGUUUAUGUUUUCGAUUUAUUUCGUUCUGUAAAGUCAUUAGUUUCCUCUUUUUUGGUGAACAGCUUUAUUCUGAGUUAUCCUUGUCAAAGUUAUUAUUCGCUAUUGUUUUCCUCAUUUUAUUUUGGUUCCUCUCAAAGUUGACACUCAAUACAUCGAUUUCAUGUUCAAAACUACACAUCUCACUAUCCACUCUUUAAAGUCAAAUUAAAGAGUUGUUAUCUAUCCACAUAUUGAGGCUUAUUCUCUUGUCAGUUAUGCUCUCAUAUUUACUAAGAUUCAUGAUUACCACCUACUAUUGAUGAUUUAUCAAACUAUUGUACUGGUAAUAAAGACUGAAAUGAAAAAAAACCAACAGUGAUUUUACUACUAUCCUUGCCAUCCUAAAACAAGUUCACUUUUCCUUUGAUUUGUGCUUUUCUUUUCUAACAUACUUUUACGAGAUGUCAUUUUUUCCGAACAACUGAUUAUCAAUAUGAGAUAUAAUACAAAGUUGAUUUAUAAAUCAUGUAAAUCCAGUUGCGUUAUUCUCAUUAAUUAGUCGCGCAUUAUUUGUUAGAAAGUCUAAUCUCUUCCUAAGCUAACUCCUGGGGAUUCUGUAUUUUAAGAAUGGGUUUAAUUGAAUCUUAGUUUAUUUUGCCCUUCUAAAAAGGUCAUUUAUAAUGCGUCAAUUAUUUCCGAUUGGAACCUUAAAAUUCGCAUAGAAUAUUCAAAGAAUGAACAUUGGAACAAAAAAUUAUUAUAAGUCUAUAUUUAUUUUAAAGUGACCAAGAUUAAUUGUGCUAGUAAACUAGACAACGUUUUGUUUAAAAAUGUGUAGUUCCGCAUCUGUUACGGCCUAAGCAUUUGAAAAUGCAUCAACUUUAGAUUGGUAGGAUCGCUUAAAAAUGGUAGAAAAAUUUGUUGUCAGAUGUCGAGUUGCAAUCAGUGUAACAAAACAACUCAUUUGAAUUAAAUGCAUGGUAGAAAUUUCGUUUAGGUAAUUGAGAUCAUAAUGAUGAUAACAAUACGAUGUAUGAUAAUAGCGGUAGAUUGAUUGGGACUUGAUAUAUAACCGCGCGAGCUUUAUAAUAUCUUGUUCGCUAUCUGCUAAUUAGGGAAGGUUGGCUCUACUAAUAGAUUGUGUCCUCCAGUUCCUUUCGUUACUUGUCUAUUUCACCGCAUUAUUAAUUUACACUUAAUUCUCAUGAAUUUCUUGUCAUAAUUACUCCUGUAACACCUCUAUUAUCAGGUUCUUGAACUUAAACAUAGCUACUGACACACUACAGUAGUAGUAUUUCUUGACUUUAAGGCGGAUUGAACUCCGUUGGUCAAGUGUCUUAUAACUGUGUCACUGAAAAACAAAUUACAAAACAUUGUAAAUACACUACUCGAACACUACUGAUCGAGUUAAAGUUGCUAGCGAGCUUUCAUCAGAAUCCCUUGACAGGUGUUGAAUAUCGUUCAGUGAUUAAACCACCAAAUGCCUUAGAGGGAUACUUAUAAAUGACUCAUGACAUUUUCGGAACUGUCUUUACUUGUCACUAUUUCUCUAAAUAUCCCUAUUGACACGCACCUGCUGUUGAUGGUUUCAACUGCGGUGAAAGGUGGUCAGCUACUAUAGAAAUGGGUAGUAUAUCAGUUCGCUAACCGACCAGUUUUUCUGUCUCGAUAUUAGUUCGCAAAGCUUUGCGGUGGUACUUUGGUUCUUGUAAACCUCACUCGGCCACACGAUACAGAACACUUCAGGCUAUUGAUUGCAUAUAAAUAUGAGAAUUCCUUUCAUUAUGAUGUAGAGUAAUAUGAGAAAAAAUUGGGAUCAGGUAUUUACUGAAAAAGACAAAAAGCGCUGAUAAAGGUAAUAUAUUAUAAAGGGUUCAAACAGAAAAUUAACGCGACUGGUGGUUUUACGUUACUAACUCACUAGUUCUAAUUUAUAUUUGAGUAUUCUGGUCUGGCCAGUAUAGAAACUUAUGAGUUCUACUGACUGUUUUCUCCUGUAUCCCUGUGAGUAUGACUCAAUCAAUAUGAAUAUAAAAAAUAUAGAAAUAGAAAGAGUCUAGACUUUUUUAAAUAUUCUAUUCACAUGAAAUCUUUUUAUAGGAUCGGUGAUACCACGAAUAAGAUUAAAGCUUGGUAGAUCUUAAUACCUUAAUUGAUGAAUGACUUAAAAAGAUAGUUGUAUUAGUGUUUUCUAUUGCUUCUUACUAUGCGUAGUUUCGUAUUGAGUAUUUCGUACAUAUCUACAUCUGAAAAUGAGAUGUUUUAGUGCCCAGUUCCCUCUCCGGAUGGCUCUUCAUUUCUAGAGCUGGAUACUAAUUUUUGAUAAUAGCCGAAAAUGGAUUUCAAUUAAUAUCCAUGGAUAUUGAUCAACAUAGUUAGCAUUUUUCUCUAACCCAAUAUAUCAUUUCGUGAAAGUAAUUGUUAUUCUGUGUGACAUUUUGAUAUUGCUUUAUUCUCAACGUAGCACUUUAUUUAGUAUAAAACUAUUUUAUCAUUAGUGUGACAUUAGUUUCAUCCUCUGUGUAACAUUUUAUUCAUUACCGUAUUAAGUUUAUAUUUCCCAGUGUAACAUUAUUUCAAGUCAAUAUGUUUCACACUAAUUAAGUGUAUAUUAUGUUCAGUGCGAACUUCCUUCCAAUGUAACAAUCAUGUUCUUGAUAUUAUUCCAUGUAAACUUUGUGUUUGUUUUAUAAUAAACUUAUUUCCCCAUUUAUAUGAUGUUUAUCAAUGAAUGAUCAGUUUUGUAUAAAAUCAAUAUAUAAAUG